UGCGCUCUUCCCGAGGCCUUGGCGCCCGCGCCCUGUCCUCGUCGGCCCCCGGAGGCGGCUCCCUGAGCCUUGUGCGCGUUCCUCCCAGUGGGGACGGGCUCGCCCGAGGUCACCCGACCCAGUGCAGGUGUAGGUUUCAGCUGAGCUCCCGGGUCUGCUCUCGGGAUCCGAUGGCGGCCGCGGCGCUGAUGGGCCAGGCGGCGGGCUGUGUGACCUUCGAGGACGUGUUCGUGUACUUCUCCCGGGAGGAAUGGGGGCUCCUGGAUGAAGCUCAGAGACACCUGUACCGUGACGUGAUGCUGGAGAACUUUGCACUUGUGUCCUCACUGGAUUGCUGGCGUGAUGCCAACCAUGAGGUGGCCCCGUCUGAGCAGAGCACUUCUGCAGAAGUGUCACAGGUCGGGACUUCUGAGACAGGUCCAUUUAUCCAGAAAGCCCACCCGUGUGAGGUGUGUGACGCACUCCUGAAAGAAGUUUUGCCCCUGGCUGAACAUGAGAGAUCAUACCCCACGCAGAAACCUUACACAUGUGGCCCAUGUGAGAGAGGAUUCUUGUGCAGUGCAAACUGUGUCCAGGACCAGAAGCAAAACGAUGGAGAGAACCCUGUCAGUGGGGACGAUGGUGGGGCCUCAUUUGUGAAGAGCUGUGCUGUCCACACGUUAGGGACACCCUUUCCUUGCAGGGAGGAUGGCAUGAACAUGCUGGACAGCUCUGGCCUCUUCCAGCACCAGACUGCUCACUUCGGGUUGAGUCCAUGCAAAAGGACUGUGCUCACGGAGUGUUUCCCACACAGCUCCAGCCCUGAGCAACAGCAGGGGCACCGUGGUGUUCUGAUGCUUUUCAACUGCAGUGAUGAUGGGAAAGCCUUCCUGAACACCUUUACUCUGCUUGACAAACAGAUCACUCAUGCCGGAGUGAGACCCAUUAGAUGUCUACCACGUGGAAAUAUGUCCAAGGAGAAAUCGGGUCUUACUCCCCACAGAAAAAUUCACAGUGGAGAAACAACACAUGUGUGUAAGGAGUGUGGGAAGGCCUUCAUUCACCUAUCUCACUUAAAAAUGCACCAGAAAUUUCACACCGGAAAAAGGCAUUAUACAUGCAGUGAAUGUGGCAAGGCCUUCAGCCGCAAGGACACACUUGUUCAGCACCGGAGAGUCCACACUGGGGAAAGGUCUUAUGACUGCAGCGAGUGUGGGAAAGCCUACAGCAGGAGCUCCCACCUUGUCCAGCACCUGAGAAUCCACACCGGAGAGAGGCCUUACAAGUGUGGUGAAUGUGGAAAAGCCUUUAGCCGCAAAGACACACUUGUCCAGCACCAGAGAUUUCACACUGGAGAGAGGCCUUACGAGUGCAGCGAGUGCGGGAAGUUCUUCAGCCAGAGCUCCCACCUUAUUGAACACUGGAGGAUUCACACAGGCGCGAGGCCCUACGAAUGCAUCGAAUGUGGGAAAUUCUUUAGCCACAACUCCAGCCUCAUUAAACAUCGGAGAGUCCACACAGGAGCCAGGUCUUACGUGUGCAGCAAGUGUGGGAAAGCUUUCAGCUGCAAAGACACACUUGUCCAGCACCAGAUCAUCCACACUGGAGCGAGGCCCUAUGAGUGCAGCGAAUGUGGGAAGGCCUUCAGCCGCAAAGACACGCUCGUGCAGCACCAGAAAAUCCACACUGGGGAGAGGCCUUACGAGUGUAGUGAGUGUGGGAAAUUCUUUAGCCACAGCUCCAACCUUAUUGUGCACCAGAGAAUCCAUACUGGAGCAAAGCCUUAUGAGUGCAGCGAAUGUGGGAAAUGCUUCAGCCACAACUCCAGCCUCAUCCUACACCAGAGAGUUCACACCGGAGCAAGGCCCUACGUGUGCAGCGAGUGUGGGAAAGCCUAUAUUAGCAGCUCCCACCUUGUUCAACACAAGAAAGUGCACACAGGUGCCAGGCCUUAUGAGUGCAGUGAAUGUGGAAAAUUCUUUAGUCGCAACUCUAGCCUCAUCCUACACCAGAGGGUUCACACUGGAGAAAAGCCUUAUGUGUGCGGCGAGUGUGGGAAAGCCUAUAGCAGGAGCUCCCAUCUGGUUCGGCACCAGAAAGUUCACAGUGGAGAAAGGCCUCGUGAUCGCAGCAGUUUUGGUGGCCCUUUGGCUGCAUCUCUUAAACUCAUUUAGCACCAGAAAGUUCACACUAGAAAAAGGCCUUAUGGAUGAAGAAAAUGUGCUGUCUCCUUGUUCAACCUCAGGACACACAGCAGAGGAGCGCUCUGAGUACCUGUGGUACUGAGGGAGCCACCAGGUGACCUUUGUGCACCCAGCCUGGGGACAUUCUCACUAAGUGCCAUGGAGGUGGGCAGACUUCAUGUUCAUGUGGUGUGUUGCACUUUCUGAGCUGCCCAGGGCUCUUGACAGUUACAUCAAUGCCAGCACCUGUGCAGAAGCCACCUCUGCUCCAGCUGUCUUGGGGUCCCACAGCAUGUCAGUCAAUCCAGUAUGCUUAGGGAAUGUAGACCCCUGAGCGUGGUCUCUUAUUCUCUGGAGGCAAUCAUGACCGUUCUGAGCUCACUGAAGGUUCUCACUUCCCUAUCCUCCACCCCGAUGACUGGGUUCUGAGUGGACAUGGUCUAGCUCUGGCCACAGGGAUCUGAGCAGCAGGCUGCUGGGGAUUUCCAGACAAGACUUCUCUUCUUCGCGCAAUAGUGACUGUAAACAUAAGAGGCAUGUGUCAUUGGUCCUGCUUCCAAAUCAUCCACCAUUGGGGCUGCCUGCCCGUGCUGCUCUGGUCUGUGUGGUGAUGCAGGUCUGCUGUGGCCGUCUUGAUUCUUGGGGGGGUGUCUGUUCCUUGUGUGACAUGGAUUAAGAAAAAACUGGGUUCUGGGUUCUGCCAAUGAAGGGAAGAAUACCUCUUGUUGGCACUAACUUUAUGUGCCUGAGAAAGGACAGCAGGAUGGCAGAGGACAGACCUGUCUAGUCUGGCACAGUGUGUGCAUUGUUCUCCAAAGCUUGUUGGAAAAGACUGGAGAACUGUGUGUGCCUAACCCUGAGACCUGGACGUCCAGAUUUCCUCUGAGCCCGAGUUCAUUCUGAGAAGCACAGAGUUGGUAUGAAAACCUGCAGUGCUUCUGGAAGCACCAUGAAUUGGGUCCCUUUUUCUGAAGAAAUGUCCCAUACUCCCUAGCACUUUUGAGGGAUUUCUGUCUCCUGGACCUGUACAGAGUCCCAUAGGCAGGUAUCAUUGACUGGAAGGCCUACAGGGUAAGGUGUGAAUCAUAAUUUGUGUAGAAAUACUUAAGACAAUUGAGCAAGGUUUACUGGCAAAUGAGAGGAUGUGUGUUCUAAAGGGACCAUCUACAAACGUCUGUGUGGGAUGAGACGGUAUAGAAAAUCUCAGGACCUUCAGGCAUCUGUAUCUCCUGUGGCCAAGGCCACUGUUGAGUAAGUACUCUGAAGUUAGUUUGUGGAUUCCUUACCUCCCUGGGCUGUGGAUGGUAUGGCCAUUGCUGCACCAGCAUUGGCAAAGUAUGUUUAGUUUAGUAAGAAGCUCCAGGGAUAGGGCUUCUUUGACCCUCCAGUAUUCCUCGUGUAUGAGAUGGAAAUGGACUUCAUUGCUCUCUUCAGGAUUCACCCUCCUAAAUUGUGGGGCGAGGGAUAUGGUAGAACCAAAAUAGUUGGCAAAUGUGACCUUCCAAGAGGGAAGGUAAAUAUGUUUUUUAUGGAUGUAUGAUUGACAUAAAAUAAACUGCACAUAUGAAAAGUGUAAAAUGAUUCAGCAUGUGUAUAUACCUGAGAAGCCAUCAACGGAAUGAAGACAGUGAACGUGUCCAACAGUGACAUAAGGGACUCCUCUCCUCUCAGUCCUUUCUAAACCCCUUCCCACAAUUCACAAGCAUUUUCUAGAAUUUUGUGUGAUAUAUUUUCUGGAGAGUGGGGACCUUGGCUUUUUUCAUUAACCAUGACUAUUUUGAGAUUAAUCCAUCUUAUUACAUAUAUCAAUAGUUUGUUCAUUUGUAUUGUCGGGUGUUAUUCCAUCGUAUGGAUAUACCACCAUUGUU